AUGUCAAGCUCACUUCCCUCUUCCUAUCCCGACCCUUCACCGCCACCACUACUGCCCAUGGUAGUCGGAAGUUGCAGAAAAGUCACUAGUUUUACCCAUAACUUGAAGGAGCUCGUUCGGGUGAUUCCGGCAACCACAUUCUUCGAACUUGUAUCCAAGCAAUGGGAGUUUUGGCCGGUUUCAGCCUCCGAUUCCGGCCACUUCUGUCGACUUUUUGGGGGUAGGUCCAAGAACAAAAAUUGCUCCAGUGCAUGUGAUUUACCUAACCUGAAAGUCUUGGCUGGCGGUUUGGAGUUUUUCCGGCCGCCGAAAAUCUCUUUGGGCACCCAUGCGCUGCCGGUGCGUGGGGUGGCGCGUCAGUCUGCCAUUUUAUUCUAA